AUGAGUAUGCCUCAAUUAAAUGUUCUUGUUGUGGGCGCAUCUAUUGCAGGCCCCACAGCGGCGUACUGGCUCGCCAAAGCUGGAGCUAAGGUUACUGUCAUCGAGCGUUUUCCAGAGCUGCGUACCAGUGGACAAAAUGUUGAUAUUCGAUUAGCUGGCGUUACUGUUAUGCGAAAAAUGCCAGGCAUGGAAACUAGCGUUCGAGCGAAAAGAUGGGAGCUAGAUGGUAUCAGCAUUGUUCGCUCUGAUGGACGACCAUAUGGAGUUAUCAAACCAAGCGGCAACCCAGAUAAACAAUCACUCAUAUCUGAAUAUGAGAUUCUACGUGGAGAUCUAGGAAAGAUCUUAUAUGACAUGACAGCAAGUCAUAGAAAUGUCGAAUACGUUUUUGGGGAGCAAGUCGCUUCAAUUCAGCAAAAUCCGAACGAAGAUGGACCUGUUACAGUUGAGUUCACAGGGAAACUUUCGACGGCACAGUUUGAUCUUGUUGUUGCGUGUGACGGAGCUACAUCCAGUACACGAGCUAUUGGCCUUGAUUGCGGAGUUAGAGACUACACCGUCUCCUUGAACAGCUGGGCCGCCUUUUGCACCCUUGACAAGGACUUCCUCGAUGGAAGUAAAGUUGGUCACGCAUACAGCGCGGUCGGGGGACGCUUUAUGGGUGCUGGACAUGCACCAGGUGGUGGGAACCGAGUCGCCUUUAUGGGAAUUAAGCCUCAGUCCGAUUCAAACAACAUUCUUCUUUUCCGGGAGGCCAGGAAACGCGGAGAAGAAGCUGUCAAGGAAUAUGUUUAUGAGUAUUAUCAUGGGGUAGGAUGGAAGUGCGACGAAAUUUUAGAAUGCAUGAUGAAGUCUAAGGAUUUCUACGCUCACGAAUUCAUGCAGGUCAAACUCCCAGCUCUAUCUAAUGGACGCUUUGUCCUCGUCGGAGAUGCGGGAUAUGCGCCGGGGCCUACCGGGACUGGAACCACUAUUGCUAUGGCCGGCGCCUAUGUACUUGCAGGCGAGGUUUGCAAACACAAGGGGGAUAUUAGCAAGGCCCUUGAGGGAUAUGAGACGGAGAUGAGGCCGCUGAUCAAGGAGAUGCAAAAAGUCCCCUCAUUCUUUUCAACAAUCCUCGGACCACAGACGGCCUGGGGCUUAUGGCUGAGAAACCAUGUUUUUGCUUUCCUUUGUUGGGUUAAGCUUGUGGAAAUGAUCGAGAAGUUUUUUGGUGCUGCAUUUAGCAGCGCGGAAAGUUAUCCUCUCCCUGAGUAUGAGUGGGUUGAAUGA